AUGUCCUGUGGAAUGGGUGUAUGCACUUGUCCAGUUAGUGCAUCUGGUGCUUCCUGCAAGCAUCAGGGCGCCGUCGCUAUUAAAUAUCAUAUAGCAAUGUUUAACUUUAUACCUUCACUAACACCCGAAAAUCACAUAAUUUAUUUAUAUAUCGCGCUUG